CGAACGUAGCCGUCGCACGCGCCUAUUGGCUAUUAUUGUGACGCCGACGUAGCGGGCCAGCGGAUGCUGUCGCCUCUAUCGGACCGAGGAACAGUAGCGUUUCGGUUUCAGCGGCGCGCGUUACCACGACCGCGGCUCGAAUUUCGCGUGGACCGAGUGUACAAUAAUAAUAUAAUUUAGUGCAGCGAACGUAUCGUAUAGGAAAACCGCGACGACGUGACGGAAAUCUACUACAAUACACAUGUGAACGAUAGCUGCGAUCUAUAAAUCAUAAAUCGGAGAUUUUCGUGGUUCGCCCAUACUAUACGUACCUCACGCACUUAAUAAUAAUAUUUAUAUCAUCUAAUAUAUCUACAGUGUCCGUACAACAGCGUAUCAUAUUAUAUACACGCUUCAUCAUACUAACCACCGACGCGUUUUUCCGCAGGUCCACACCGUCGCUGCCUCUAAGUCCGACCGCGAUAGCAAUCGAUAGUAUAUAGGAAUAGUAUAAUAUAGUAAUAUACCUCCAAACAGACAUACCGGCAACGAUACCGCAAUGCUAGCGUCCAAAGCCGUGGCACGUCUGCGAACGUUUUUCGCGGUUGCCGCGUUGAUCGUGGGCCGUUGCGCCGGCAGGCCAGCGUCUGUCGGAGCCGGAGUUCCGAACCACGGCGGCAGUGAUGACAACCAGAAGGAUCUGCUACCGCUCCAACACACCAUCAUCGAAGUGUCGCCGGGCGAAACGGCCGUGCUCCAGUGUCCCAGCAACGAUGAACACCACAGGUUCCAGUUCUGGUGGAUGAAACCCGACCAGAUCAUAGGGCCCGGUACGGCGCCCAACAGCGACAAGUUCAAAUACGAAGUCCUCACCGGCACUCUUUACAUCAAGCAAGUAACAGCUGAAGAAAGCGGGAUCUACACGUGCGUGUGUAAACACCUCGGAAACAUAUCGCUGUCGGCAAGGUCGGUGCAGCUGGAAAUAAAAAAGGAAUGGAAAGACCUCUGGGAAAACGACUACACGGUCAACAGCAUACGAUUGGCGGCUGUCUUGAGCGUGUUGGUGUUGCUGAUACUGUUGCUGUACUUGUUUUACCUAACGGCGUAUAAGAAUAGUAACAGAACGUUGCACUUCAGGGAAGAUUCAGACGAAGACGUGUCGAUGGACAGACAGAUGUACAGAAAAACUAACAUAAUGAAAGAAAACAUGUUUCAACACGGCAUAGACAACCCGACGCUGGAAAAAGAAGCAUCCCAAGUCAAAAAUAACGGAGAGACGAAGGCGUAAUAUCGGAUGCAAUAACACAGUUCGUCAGUAUGAAAAAGGCAGUUCCUUGUCGGAAAAUGACUGUUCCGAUUGUUUUUUCUUCAUUUUUUUCCGUAUUUAUAUAGUGAAUGUAUAUAUUAUAUAAAAAUAAACAAAAAUACGAAUAAUCUAA